AUGAGAGAACUUCAUUUAACCCCAUCACCUCCAUCAUCACUAGCACAGAGACCAACUCCAUCAUCUUUAUUUUAUCUUUCACAUUCCUUUCCUUCAUAUAGAGGUGCUAAUACACCCCCUCCAACUUCUGUUGUACCAAUUACAGGGGCAUCACCACAUCCUUGGAAAAUCCCAAUUUCAACACGCAGUUCAAUUCCUUCAUCAAGAUGCCCUAUUAGACCAUUAAAACAAACUAACUCCUAUUGUAGUGUUGAGGAAAUAAAAGAAGGUAAAAGGCAAAGAUUAAGUUGUUCUAGUUCAAAUGAAAGUAAUGGUAGAAAGAAAGGAAAUAUUUAUAUUGAAAAAGGAAGAAAUUAUAAAGGAGGAAAUGAAGAGGAAGAAGAGGAGGAGGAAGAGGAGGGGGAUAAUUAUUAUGAGAAAGCACCUACUUCACGUCCUUCGAGUGCUAUGAAUUUGGUAAAAGUUAAAAAGCAAAAUAUGCCAAAAUGUCAAAAACAACAACAACAAAAAAUCCCCCCACCAGCUCCCCCAGCCUUACCUCCUCCAAAUUUAUCACUUCUCAGUUAUGUCAGAAAAAAUGAAGAAAUUCCAAAUAGAAAUGGGUGGCAAAGAAGGCCUUCAACAACAAUAACUACAACAACAACAAAUACUCCAAACAGAAAAGAAGAAAUUAAUAAUGAAAAUGAAUGGAAGGAAAAUAUUAAAUUUAAACAGAGAAGUAAUAGAACGAAGUUUUUGGUUCACAUAUUGUUAUUCGCAUUGUGUUGCUCCCUUCUAUUAAUGGCCCUUCCUUUACUUUUAUUAUGGUUUACAAAUCCAAAUAUAUUACAACAACAACAACCCUCAACAAUAACAACAACUUCACCACCACAAACAAAUAAACAACAAAAACAUUUAAAAAAAGAAGAAAAUAAAUUAAAUUUAGAAAAUAAUUUAACAAAAAAUUUAUUUUCUUUUUUAAAUUUUAAUAGAGAUUUGUCUAUUGAACCAGCAAUUUUGGCUAAAUUAAUAUUAGAAGAGGAAGGGAAUAAUCCUAGUAAAUUAAGAAUUUUUGAAGUUAGAAGUGAACAAACAAUUAAUAAAGAUGGUGGACAAAAACAAGGAGAAAGGUAA